AUGGAUUUUAAAGUGAAUGUGGAUGGUGCCGUUUGUGCUACACAGAAGGAGGCCGGGGUGGCGGUGAUCAUUAUGGAUGCUCAAGGCUUGGUGAUUGGUGCUCUAAGAAAAAAGAUAAAGGCUCCUUUGGGAGCUAUUGAGGUUGAAGUGAAAGCAUAUGAGGCUGGGGUGCAGUUCGCCAAAGAUAUGGGUAUUCAAGAGUUUAUUCUUGAGGGUGAUUCUUUGACCAUCUCUAACUCUUUGGCCGAACACAGUCUUGCUCCCUCCGUGGUGGCUCCUAUCUUAGAUGGCAUAGUUUCGUCGUUGCAAGAGGUUUAUUGUGUUGUGCUCUCUCAUGUCCGGCGACAAGGCAAUAGACCUGUUCAUUUGUUAGCAAAACAUGUUUUAGCAUUGAUGAUUUUUCUGUAUGGAUUGAAGAGCAUUCUUAUUUCUUGA